CGUGGAGAUGCGGAAAGAAAAGGAAACCCCGCAGCCCUUAGUGCUCCCGACGGCCCGGGAAUGGAAUCUGCCCCCCAAUGCGCCUGCUUGCAUGGAGAGGCAGCUGGAGGUGGCUCGGUACCGCUUCGACGGAGCUCUUCUGCUAGGGGCCUCCAGCCUGAGUGGUCGCUGCUGGGCCGGCUCCCUAUGGCUUUUCAAAGACCCAUCUGCGGCUCCCAACGAAGGCUUUUGCUCCGCUGGCGUCCAGACUGAGGCCGGGGUGGCAGAUCUCACGUGGGUAGGAGACAGGAGCAUCCUAGUGGCUUCCGAUUCAGGUGCUGUGGAGUUGUGGGAGCUAGAUGAGAAUGAGUCUCUCAUUGUCAGCAAGUUCUGCAAGUAUGAGCAUGAUGACAUUGUGUCCUCAGUCAGUGCCUUGAGCUCUGGAACUCGGGCUGUCAGUGGUAGCAAAGACUUCUGUAUCAAGGUUUGGGACCUUACCCAGCAGACAGUACAGAAUUCAUACCGGGCUCACUCUGGGGAGGUGACCUGUGUGGCUGCCUCUCCCCAUGAAGACUCUGUGUUUCUCUCAUGCAGUGAGGACAACAGAGUUUUACUCUGGGAUACCCGCUGUCCCAAGCCAGCAUCACAAAUGGAUUGCAACACCUCUGGCUUCCUUCCUACCUCGCUGGCUUGGCAUCCUCAGCAGAGUGAAAUCUUUGUUUUGGGCGAUGAGAGUGGGACAAUCUCCUUUGUGAGUACCAAGAGUACAAGCUCUACCCUCAGCAAACCAGUGCACUCCCAGUGUAUUACUGGGCUAGUCUUCUCCCCACACAGUGCUCCAUUCUUGGCUUCUGUCAGUGAAGACUGUUCACUUGCUGUGCUGGACUCAGGCCUUGAUGAGGUGUUUAGAAGCCAAGCCCAUAGAGAUUUUGUGCGAGAUGCUACUUGGUCUCCACUCAAUCACUCCCUCGUGACCACUGUUGGCUGGGAUCAUCAGGUCGUCCACCAUGUUGUGCCCAUAGAACCCCAUCUAGCUGCUCGACCUGAGAGUGUUGCGGAGUAGAAUGGUUUCAAGACAAAAGACAUAUGUCCUGUCCCCGUUGCCCCUGUCCUCUCCUCUCCAUUGUGGGACAGUACAGGAGCCUUGAACACACUGUGGAUAUACCAAAUGUGUGCAGUGACCUAGCGGAGACUGAAUUCUGUGAUUCUGUAGUCCUACAGAAGGAAAUCUUUCUUGAAACUGAA